GGGGGCUCGCUGGUGUGUCGAGAAACACAGCCAUUGGUGUUUCCUGUCGUUCGAUUUGUCCUUGUUGUCAUUCGGUGGCUCAUCUCUUUCAAUCCUGUCAGAUGUGUCUCUGAAGCCCCUCUGCUUCAAAUAUAUCUAUUUUUGCUCCAUACUUGGCACUUGAGUUGGACUCACAGAUUAUUUUUCCUGUUGCAUUUUCUCUCUCUUCAUGUCAAUUGGAUUGGCAUCUGUGAGCUAUGCUGUUGUUUAUUCUCGCUGCUGGUUCUCAUGUACGUACGUUCAUUUAAGGUGCCCUUCAAGUGAGAGCCUCCUGAAGAUCACACACUCAGAGAUGGAACAGACAGAGAACCGCUGCCACUAAGAGGCUCGUCUGUCAGGGACUGUCUUUGUGUGUCCCCCCCCCCCCAUCCCUCAGCUUUUCUGAGCCUGUCCAUGGACCACACUGGCCUGUUGUGUGCGACCCAGUCCUGGAAUGGACCAAAAGGUUCUACUUUCUCCCCCAACUGGAAAGACUCCUUGACCUUCUUGACGCCCGACGUCAUCAGGCCUCCAUCAGCCAACCAAAACAUGGCGGGUCACCACCCUCCCCAUGGAGUGUUGGUGUCUGCCUCGGGGCCCAAAGUGGUGCCCAUGGAUCAAAACCGAGUUACCAGCACUGGGAUCGAGCGGAGCUACGCCACAGUGCAGAAGGAUCGGAGGGGGCGACCAGUUAGCGCCAUCGACCCCCACAGGCGUUCCCAGUCGCUGUGUGCGGUGGCAGCUGGCACCAUUGACCCAGGCACUUUGAGGCGCCGGUGCGAGAGCUACGCCAUGGCCUACCCCAGCAGCAGCUCAGACGACAGUGGGAGCGACAGCGCCUCCACUAGGAAAGGAGACCUGCUGCUGCCAGAUGCCGUCCCACGGCCCAGGGCCCGCAGCAUCAUCCUGAGGAAGCCUAAGACGAGGCCGCCACCACCAAUGCGCACCGUCUCCUUGGGGAAGCACGGCGACCGCCGCUGUCAGAGCCUCUACAUCCCCCGGGACCUGCACAGCACCCUACUGCCAGACCUCAUCCCCGUCUCCAAGCUGGAGGAUGGGGAGGAGAGUCCCCUCCCUGUGAACAGCGGCACCACGAAGCUGAAGCCCUCUGCGUCGUCAACUCACUCAAGGCCUCUUAACGAGUUGAGGUCCAGUGAGCCAUGCAAGUCCCAGCCGGGCUCUGUUCCGGUGCCAGGUGCUGCCAGUAGCGAGGUGGCCAAAACCCUGAGCAGCUCAGACUCCCUGAACUCCCCUUCCUCCUCUUCCCGAUCCUCCCCUUCUCAACCACCUGUCACGUCCCCCUCCAAGCCUCUUGGGUCCACGUCCCCUUCCAGCGGGUACUCUAGCCAGUGCGAGACCCCCACCAGCUCGGUGCGAACGACGGCCAUUUUUGGGCCGUCCCCGAUGGGGUGCCGGAUGCGACCCAAGCCCGCGGGCCAAAGCUCCAGGGGCAGCAGAGUGAGGCUGUCCCUACAGCUGCCUGAGACGGCGCCGCCUGCUCCGGAUGAGUCCACCGACCCGGCCAAGCCUGGUCGGCGCUACUCGGAUUCCUCGGCCACGGUCAAGUCCAAGCAGAGGUGCCUGAGUAUGCUCCUGCCCGUGGUGACCCAGGAGGACCUCCUGAACGUGCGUCUACGCUCCGUCUCCAGCUCCGACAACGAAGGGGGGCGCUACGAGGGCUUUGCAGAGGCCAUUGCAGAGGAGGCGGAGAGAGACACCCCCACCCCUUCCAUUGAGAGCCCCAAGAACAAGCCGCCGGUUGCGCCGAAACCUGCUACAUCUACGUGGCAGCCAGUCGUGACUGGUCAAAAGGACCAGCCGGAGACUCAGGAGCCCCAUCACAAUGGCCCCGAGAGACGACGCGCUCCGAUCCCCAAACCCAAGAGGUCUUCCCUCUUAUUGUCAGGAAGUGGUGGGGAGCACCAUGCCACGCAUGGCCUUGGCAGAUCACUCUCUGCUGGUGUUUCCGAAACCCAGAAACACCAAAACACAGACUUUUACUUGUGUGAAAGAAAUGAUAAAAGAAGAAUAGGGCCACCCCCUGUUGCCAAGAAGCCUGAGGUACUCAUACUGCCAAACGGCCAUGGUGUGUGUAAUAAGGAUGGAAUGACUGGCCAUAUCCCAACCAAUGCCUCUCAAGACCUGCAAUUAGUUAAUGGUGGCAACACAGAAAUGCAAAAUGAUAUGCCUCCAAGACACACCCAUGGCAAAUACAAUACUAUGGGGAGAAACCCAUCAAGUAACAAAUAUCAGUGCGGAUAUCUAGACCCAAGCAUGAUGCAGGGUUAUGGAGAGGUACAAGAUGAAGUGUUUGCCAGUAAGACAACAUCUCGCACAACUGAGGACCUGUUCACCAUCAUCCACAGAUCAAAGAGGAAGCUCCUGGGACGCAAGGACUCCUUCGAGGGCCGUCCAUGUGACCUGGGCAUGCAGACGCUAGGGGGCGCGCCACGCCCCAACACCCAGAACGACAGCUUCAUGGCCCUGCUGCGGAGGACCAGGAGCGCCAAGGCUGCCCCCGGGGGACGCAUCUCCGCCGCAGAGCUCCUGAAGAGCUCCAAGCCCACCGCCGCUACUGGCCAGGCCUCUGACGCCACACGCCCAUGAGGGGAUCACGCACUUAUCAAACUUAUUAGCCCGACUUUACAUUAAGUGUGCCUAUCAGAGUGAGCUUACAUGAGUAAAGAACAGCACUAUGCACUUUUCCUGUAAGUAAAUAUAAUUACAUGUGGCUAAUCCCAACCCCAAUCUCAACCCCCAUCUCAAACCCCUAACCCAUUGUUCAACCUGUAAUUGUAUGUAUUUAUAUGGAAAGCACAUAGAACCUAAAAGGUAAUUGAAUAAUAUGUACAUAGAACCUAAGGACACUUAAUAUAAAGUGGGGCCAAUUUUUUAUUUUUUUUUGGCUUGUUUGUUUUGUCUGGUAAUUUUUAAUUGUGUUUCAACUAUGUGAAUUAACAACAAAGAUACAUGUCAUGAUGUUGCACAUUUCCAAGUGUAUGAACAAUGCCAUGAAACAUAACAGAACACAACUUCAAGGCCAUUACGAUGCCAUAGUAACAACAGUUUAGUGUUUUUGUUGUUGUGCUUACUGUUGUUGUGUGCCUUGCCUCAGAGUUGCUCACUUGUAUUUGCCAAGGACUUUUGCUUCUGAGUGAAAUGCCUGUAUAUAGCUUCUAUCUGCUACUGCACUGUGGUUUAGUAAAUUGAUUCACCACGGGGAAAUGUCGUAGCACUUUACAUUAAUCUUCCAUUAAAGAUACAGUCCAAGAUUCUGGUGAAAGGUUGUUGAUAUACGAGCUCAACAGCCAAUCCGUACUCCUGAAGCAAUGUGUUUAUUGGCUGGAUUAGUUCAGAGCACCAGGAUUGUUUAUGAUCACCAGGUUUUUUUUGUUUUCUUUUUGAACGGCUACACAGAAGGAGCAGCUAAGCUAAUGUGGAGAAAUUAGCUGAAUUUGACAAAAGUGUAGUGGAUUAGCAUUGCGGAUAUCGCCUUUAACUAACAUUAAUUCAGUGCAGUAGUGGGAAUUGAUAACGCAUUAACAACAAUAUCUAAGAUCACCCAGUGUUUGUUACUGCUGAUGGUCAUGGUCUGUUUAUGCCAGCUAAGGAGCUGAACAAUCUAAAUCAUUUCAUAAUUUCAGUGUUUCAGAAAUUAAGACUUUGAAUGUGAUGUGUAAUGUAUUGCCUGAACAAAUCAUGAAUUUAAGCUUUUGACAUUACGUAUGAUCGACUAAUUCUAAUGCUCACGGUUUAUUUAAUGUCCAAUUCUGCAUUAACUAAUGUAUGUUAACGGAAUGUUAAUGUAUAGGGUUACCUGCUAUGUUUUUCCCCAACCACUAAUAUGUCCACACCCACUCAAAUAAAGGUGGUAGAGAAGGGCAUGAAGCUGUGUGCUGGAAUGUACAGUAAGACCUGCUUGAAUUGGUACUUGCUAUUUAAUUCUAUGUCUGUACAUGACAAUCAAAACAGAACUCCUGGGGCCAUAAUGAUCUGAAACAUUGAUGUUUGAGAGUGGGGUUGGGGGAGUCGAGGUGGGGAUGUGCUGUUAUGAGAUAAUGUGAAUAGGAAUAUUCAACAGAUCUAUUUAAGAAAUCAUAUAAUGUGCUAUUUGAGUGAAAUUCAGUGCUCUUAUCAAAGUUAUUAAAAACAUUUAUUCACCCAUA